AUGGCAGAGUCCGGUGGCGGCGGCGUCGAGGACGCCGGCGGCAGCCUGACGCCGAGCCACACCAACGGUGGUGAUGGCGGCGCCGGCAGCACGUGGGAGAUAGAGGAGCUGGAGCCGGACGAGCGACCGCCGCGGAGCGUCGCCGCCUCCACCGCGUCCUCCGGUGCCGACAACGACGUGUACGUGGCGGUCGGCAAGGGCGGCUCCAGCAUGGCGGCGCUGUCCUGGGCGCUCCGCCAGCUCACCAAGCCGCGGAGCUUCGUCUACCUCGUGCACGUCUUCCCCGUCGUCACCAGCAUCCCCACCCCAUUAGGAAUGAUGCCUAAGAGCCAAGCAAGUCCAGAGCAGAUCGAAACUUACUUGAAUCAAGAGAGAUCAAAGAGGCGACAGAUGCUGCAGAAAUUCUUGGACCAGUGCCGCAAAUUUCAGGUUACCGUUGAUGUGUACCUCAUUGAGAGCGAUCAAAUUGCUAACGCAAUCAUCGAACUUGUUCCUGUUCUGCACAUUAAACAGCUAGUAUUAGGGGUUUCAAAGUCAAAUGUGCGGAAGCUGAAGAGAGGAACCACAAUAGCAGGACAGGUACAGAAGAGCGCACCUCUCUACUGUGAAGUCAAGAUCAUCUGCGAUGGCAAAGAGGUGACGACGGAGACGACUGCUGAUCCAACACCACCACUGUCACCUUCUCCUGUUAACAACAACAGCAGAUCCAACAACCCGACACCACCAUCAUCUACACCAAAUCAUGAUAAAACAGCUGUAAAUGGUGACAGAAAAGACAGUGAACCCAGAGAGAGAAAGAAAAUCACAAAGUUUCUGAGAUGUUUUUCAUUAUGA